AUGACAACGUUGACAGCCACCCAGAUUCCGUGCUGUUUGUGCGGCACGAUGAUUUAUCCGAAUCCAGCCAAUCAGUGCAACACUUGUUUGGCCCAAGAAGUGGAUCUCCAGAGCGUCCUGCAACGAGGCCCUGGCGGUGGUGAUUUGGUAGUGCACCAGUGCCGUCAGUGUCGCGCGUUUCAAGUGACGGAGAAACUGUACAAGUACAUGGAAAUAGAGAGUCCCGAAUUGCUGGCAGUCUGUCUCAAGAGGUUACCCGCCUUGCACAAUUCGCAACAACAGCGGCUCAAGAUCAAGGUGGCCGAUGCCAUGUGGAUUUGGACUGAACCACAUUCCAUGAGACUCAAGGUGCGAUUGACUGUUCGGGCCACGAUUCAUGGCGUGGAAAUUCAGCAGCGAGUUCCUGUCGAGCUCAAGAUACAGUUCAAGCAGUGCAAUGAGUGUAAUCGAGAAUACACCAAUCGAACAUGGCACGCCCUCGUCCAACUACGACAAAAACGAACCGACGAUGCUCCCAAAAAGGGACUUGCCGCUCUGGAAAUGGCACUCGCCAAGAAUUCCAACAUUCGCAAACACGUGCUCAAAAUCGAUUCCUCCCGCAAUGGAUUCGACUUUUACUUUCUCAAUCUACCGGAAGCUCAAGCCUUUGCUUCUUACUUGGCGCGAGUGGCACCCAUGCGAACCAAAACCACCAAAAAGCUAGUCUCGGCCGAUGUCAAGAACAAUACCGCCAAUAUGAAACACACGGUUGCGUGUGACAUGGUGCCGCUCUGUCGUCACGAUCUCAUUAUGGUGCACAAGAGUGCGUCCAGUCCUCUUGCCGGACGACUGGCGUUGGUGUCCAAAGUUUCCAGUGUGCUGCAUUUGGUCGAUGCGGCGCCCAAACGCAACCCCACCAUGGAUGGCAGUCAGGCGGAACUGUCGCCGGAAACUUAUUACAAAUCGGGGGAAAAGUUGUAUCAAUUGUGUCAAACGUCGAGUCGAUUGACAAAGUUUGUGGUUUUGGAUGUCGAGCUCUGUGGCAAUGAUCCUUACACCAAUGAUGAUGGUGACGAUGAGGAUGCCGGAAAAAACAGCUACAAUCCACCACACGCGCUGGCGGAUGUAGAGGUCGCACGAGAAUCGGACUUUGGCAAAAACGACGAAACCGUUCGGUGCGUGACGCAUCUCGGAAACUUUUUACAACCGGGCGAUAUGGUAUUGGGAUACGACUUGGUUGCCUCCGUGCUUUCUGGAGGAGCCGAGUGGGACAUGGACAAUUGCUUUCAAUCGAGCUUUGUCAUGCCCGAUGUGGUAUUGGUCAAAAAGGUCAAGGAAAAGACAGUGGAACAGCAAGAGCAACAACAACACGCUGAGGACGCCAAUGCCAACGGCAAAAAGGGACGCAUGUCCAAGCGCAAGGAAAAGAGACGAAUGCGAAACGAGAAAAAAGCCAAGGAAUUGGAAGAAAGCGCACUGCGAAUGGGAUUUGUACCCACGGCCAGCUUGAUGGAAGAUGACGACGAAGAGUACGAUCCUGAUUUGGAGGCAGAUCUUGCAGCAAUUGAAGCAGACUUGGCAGCCAUUGGCGAAGAGGAAGCAAAGAGGGAGCAAGCAGCCGAGACGACAACUGCCAUCGAAGGAGAAACCGGAGAAGAAUAA